AUCAAGUUGUUUUCCCCCCUGAGCAGAUUUCAUAUUGUUUUGGUGAUAAAAGUUAAAUUAAUUAAAUUAACGUUAUGGCGUUUCGUGGACCACGAAAUUUCAAAAACUUUCGCGAAAAAAGAAGAAUUGAAGAUGAUGAUAGUGAACAGUCUAAAUCAAACAACCCAGUGAUUCAGAACUUUCUAAUUUACCGCAAAGAAUUGGAUAAUAAACAUGAUAGGCACGAAAAAUUAGUAAAACUAAGUCGUGAUAUUACAAUAGAGUCCAAGAGAAUCAUUUUUCUUCUUCAUAAUAUUGAUGCAAGAAAGAACAACAAGGAAUCCGUACUUUCAGAAGCUAAAGAACGAUUAGAUAAAGUAAUAAAUUCAAACUUUGCUACAAUUGCAUAUGAAUUAGUAGGACAUGAAAUCUUUCAAUAUAUGCGUGCUAUUUCUCCAGCACUUCAAGAGUUUAUUGAAGCCUUGACAUUUUACGAGUUUCUCUCUGAUAAGCAGUGCUCAGACUGGGAAGUUAUUAAAGAACGACUAAAAUAUAAACAUGAUGAAUUAGAUGAGAUAUCUCUACAUUUGGCACCUGCAGAAUACAUGCUAGGUUUUGCAGACAAUACUGGAGAAAUCAUGCGAUUUUGUAUAAAUUCGUUGGGAUCUGGAGAGACUGAUAACUGCUUUAAAGCCUGUAAAUUUCUGCAAAACAUUUAUGCUCAUUUCCUUAGCAUUGGAUCUGUUCCAAAUCAUGGACGAGAUUUUUCUCAAAAGAUAUCAACAAUGAAAAUGUCAACGCUAAAGACAGAACAUGUUUGCUACCAAUUAAAAGUUCGCGGCACAGAAGGUGCAAAAUUCCCAUCGUUGGACAUCAAAUUAGAUAAUGAUGAUAUCGAUGAAGGGUUCUAUUAAAUUAAUUAUUCACUGCUAAUGAUUUUCAAACGAAUAAUAAAAAUGACUGGAAACAGUUAAUGAUCUAAUUAA